GGUGUGGGAGGGCCCCAGAGAAGAGGUGGUUGGGGAGGAAGCUCCAAGAGAGGAAAGGUCCUGGAGAAACAAGGCACGGAAUAGGAGGAAAGGAUCUGACCGAGAGAGACCCAGAGACCCAUAGGGAGCUGAUUUUGUUGUGGCGGACACUCCAGGAGCAGAGAACCGUAUCUGAUGUUUGGGGAUUUGGCUAUGGGGGUCUUCUAGGAAUGGACACAGCUGUGGAAUGAUCCUAGCAUAAGGAGGGGUGACUGGAAAAAGGACUUUCGUAGGAAUAUUUAGUGUAUGGUAGAGGGUGGGAUGAGGAUCCAAUAUGGGGGGAAAGAACCGAAAGGCUAAACUGGGAAGAGAAUGGAGGGAUGGUCCCUGAUGUGGGAGGACAUGAUAGAGGGUAGGCAUGUUAUGGAGAAGGUUGCCUGGGAAGGGUGUCCCCUGGUGAAUGAUAAUGUCAUAGGUGUGGAAGUCUGUUAUAUAGGGCCUCUUAGUUAACCCUGGUGUUUGGGAAGUCUCCAAGGGUCUCAAUGUACUUUUAGAAGCUGGCAGAGGACCCUCUGAGAAAUCCCAGGGGACUCAUGAUUUGGGGGGUCCUAGAGUUCUAUUGGGAAAGGACCUUGCUGUAGUAUGGGAUGAGAGUGACGUUCAGGGAAUACUAAAGAAAGAUGGGAUCUUGUGUGAGAGAUCCUGGGGAGGGGAAGAAUGAAUCCUACUCCCCACGCUGUCUGUGGUUUCUAUCCUUUUCUCUUUUUCUCCCCACAUUUAUUGGUGUCUCUGUCCCCCUUUCCCUGUCGUGGCCCAUAUCCACUCCAAUCCCCUCCUGGCUCCCAAUCCUUCCCUUCUGUGUGUUCUCUUUGUGCUGCCUCAUUCAUUUCUUUGCUCAUUUGUUGAGGGACUCUGCCAUGCCACCCCCACCUGCUUGCAACUUCUCUGUGUUCCCUCUCUUCACUAUCCCCUGUUGUGCUGUCAUAAUGUUUCUUUUUCCUCUAUGCGCUGCCUUCUUUCUCAUGCCCACUUCUCUGCCUACACUGUCCAACACAUCUCCCUGUUCCAUGUUGUUUCCCCCGCCUCCCGCCUGCUCUCAGGUCUCAGCGGCGGUGGCAGCCGAGGUGCAGGAUGCGAGAAGGCGCCCCCCGGCCGGGCUCCCGCUCCAGGCCUCGCUCCCUUGCGGCCCUCUGAGCCCACCAUGGCUGUCCCACCAGGCCAUGGUCCCUUCUCUGGCUUCCCCGGGCCCCAGGAGCACACGCAGGGACUGCCUGAUGUGCGACUACUGCCUCGGAGGCUGCCCCUGGCCUUCCGGGAUGCAACCUCGGCCCCACUGCGCAAGCUUUCUGUGGACCUCAUCAAAACCUACAAGCAUAUCAAUGAGGUCUACUAUGCGAAGAAGAAGCGGCGGGCCCAGCAGGCACCACCCCAGGACACAAGCACCAAGAAGGAGAAGAAGGUCCUGAACCACGGUUAUGACGACGACAACCAUGACUACAUUGUGCGCAGUGGCGAGCGCUGGCUGGAGCGCUAUGAGAUUGACUCGCUCAUUGGCAAAGGCUCCUUUGGCCAGGUAGUGAAAGCCUAUGACCAUCAGACUCAGGAGCUGGUGGCCAUCAAGAUCAUCAAGAACAAAAAGGCCUUCCUGAACCAGGCCCAAAUCGAGCUGAGGUUGCUGGAGCUGAUGAACCAGCAUGACACAGAGAUGAAGUACUACAUAGUGCACCUGAAGCGGCACUUCAUGUUUCGGAACCACCUGUGCCUGGUGUUCGAGCUGCUGUCCUACAACCUGUAUGACCUCCUGCGCAACACACACUUCCGUGGGGUCUCACUGAACCUGACUCGGAAGCUGGCACAGCAGCUGUGCACAGCACUGCUCUUCCUGGCCACACCUGAGCUCAGCAUCAUUCACUGCGACCUCAAGCCCGAGAACAUCCUUCUUUGCAACCCCAAGCGCAGUGCCAUCAAGAUUGUGGACUUUGGCAGCUCCUGCCAGCUUGGACAGCGGAUCUACCAGUAUAUCCAGAGCCGCUUCUACCGCUCGCCUGAGGUGCUUCUGGGCACACCCUACGACCUGGCCAUUGACAUGUGGUCCCUGGGCUGUAUCCUUGUGGAAAUGCACACUGGAGAGCCCCUCUUCAGUGGCUCCAAUGAGGUGGACCAGAUGCACCGCAUUGUGGAGGUGCUGGGCAUUCCUCCAGCCCCCAUGCUGGACCAGGCCCCCAAGGCUCGCAAGUACUUUGAACGGCUGCCUGGGGGUGGCUGGACCCUACGACGGACAAAGGAACUCAGGAAGGAUUACCAGGGCCCCGGGACACGGCGGCUGCACGGGGCGGGGGAGCCGGGCCACAGCCCCGCCGACUACCUCCGCUUCCAGGACCUGGUGCUGCGCAUGCUGGAGUAUGAGCCCGCCGCCCGCAUCAGCCCGCUGGGGGCUCUGCAGCAUGGCUUCUUCCGCCGCACGGCCGACGAGGCCACCAAUACGGGCCCGGCGGGCAGCAGUGCCUCCACCUCGCCCGCACCCCUCGACACCUGCCCCUCCUCCAGUACCGCCAGCUCCAUCUCCAGCUCUGGAGGCUCCAGUGGCUCCUCCAGUGAUAACCGGACUUACCGCUAUAGUAACCGAUACUGUGGAGGCCCUGGGCCCCCCAUCACUGACUGUGAGAUGAACAGUCCCCAGGUCCCACCCACCCAACUGCUGCACCCCUGGGCAGGGGGUGAUGUGCCCCACAAGACACAUCAAGCCCCUAUCUCUGCCUCAUCACUGAUGGGAACUGGAGCCCAGUUACCCUCCCAACCCCGAUGCCUUGGCCGUCCCCCAUCACCAACCUCACCACCACCUCCGGAGCUGAUGGAUGUGAGCCUGGCCGGCGGCCCUCCAGACUGCUCCCCAUCUCACCCAGCACCUGCCCUCCAGCACCCGGCUGCCUCAGCCCUCCGGACUCGGAUGACAGGAGGUCGUCCACCUCUCCCUCCCCAUGAUGACCCUGCCAUGCUGGGGCCUCGCCUAGGCCUUCGUGGUGUACCCCAGAGCACGGCAGCCAGCUCAUGACCCUGCUGCCCCCUCCCUGGGGCCCCUCCUGAAGCCAUACCUUCCCCCUAUUGGGGGCCCUGGGCUCCUGUCCUCAUCUCUCCCCUUGACUGGAAUUGCUGCUACCCAGCUGGGGUGGGUGAGGCCUGCACUGAUUGGGCCUGGGGCAGGGGGUCAAAGAGAGGGGUUUGGUCACACCCUCCCCUCCCCACUAAGGACUGGACCCUUGGCCCCCUCUACCCCCUUGUUUUCUAUUUAUUGUACCAAAGACAGUGGUGGUCCGGUGGAGGGGAGACACCCCCUGCCCUAGGAGGGGUGGGGGCAGGUAGGGGGAGAUGGCCUUGCUCCUCCUUGCUGUACCCCCCAGUAAAGAGCUUUCUCACAUGCCUGCCUGAGC